AUGGCGGACUGCCGGAGGAUCUCCGUUCUCCACGCCCGUCUCGUCAAGACCCGCGACCCCAACUCCCUCCGCGAUAUCCUCCUCCUCGUCUCCAGCGGCGGCGGCGCCUCUUCUUCAUCGCUGAGCUACGCCCGUCGGGUCUUCUCCGAGCACGCGCCGGUGGCCCAUCCCUUCCCAUGGAACGCCAUCAUCCGCGCGCACGCCCGCACCGCCGCCGGCUCCCCAGCGGCGCUCUCGCUCUUCUCCGCCAUGCGCCGCGGCGGCGCCGCCCCCGAUGGCUACACCUUCCCGCUCGUCCUCCGCGCCUGCUCCCUCCACCCCUCCCCACUCUCCGGCCUCCUCGCCGGCUGCGCCGCCCACGCCCUCGCCGCCAAGCUCGGCCUCCUCUCCCCCGGCCACCCCCACUCCUCCAACGCCCUCGUCGCCUUCUACGGCCGCCACCGCCUCCCCUGCCAGGCCCUCCUCGCCUUCUCCGAGAUCCCCCCGCCCCGCCGCGAUCUCGUCUCCUGGACCGCCCUCGUCGCCGCCGCCUCCUCCGCCGGCCACCACGCCGAGGCCCUACACGCCUUCCGGCAUAUGCAGGCCGCUGGAGUGGCCCCCGACGAGGCGGCCCUGGUGGGCGCCGCCCGUGCCGCCGGCGGGCUCUGCUCGCCGGAGCUGGCGACGUGGGUCUAUUGCUACGCGUGCCGCCGCCGCGGGCUGCGCGUCACGGCGGCGCUCGGGUCGGCGCUGGUGGUGGCGCUGGCCAAUUCCGGCAGGAUCUCCAUUGCCCGCCAGAUGUUCGACGAAAUGCCCAUUAAAGAGAGGAACCUGCUCACCAGGACGUCCCUAGUCUGCGCGUUGGCGGCCCACGGGAAGGGGAAGGAGGCGCUGGCGAUGUUCGAGGGCAUGGCAUCGGAUGGUUUGAAGCCUGACCACGUGGCCUUCAUCGGGGCCCUCACAGCUUGUAGCCACGCGGGUCUACUGGAAGAAGGGACAAGAUUGUUUGGAUCCAUGGAGAGGGACCACGGGCUGGAGCCCAUGAUGGAGCACUACGGGUGCAUGGUAGAUCUAAUGGGGCGGGCUGGGAUGGUAAGGGAGGCCCACGAGUUUGUCCAGCGGAUGCCCAUCAGGCCCGGCCCGGUGAUCUGGCGGACCCUCCUGGGUGCCUGCGUGGCCCACGGGUACGUUGAUCUGGCGGAGCACGUUAGAGGGGAGAUCGCCGAGGUGGACCCCGACCACGACGGGGACUACGUCCUCCUCUCGAACGCCUACGGCGGGAUCGGACGGUGGACAGAGAAGGCUGGGCUCCGGGAGGAGAUGGGACACCGCGGAGUUCCGAAGAGCCCCGGGCUCAGCGUACCCUCCCAGUGA